AUGGCGGAGGUGGGGGGGGUCUUCGCCUCCUUGGACUGGGAUCUGCACGGUUUCUCCUCGUCUCUGGGGAACGUGCCCUUAGCCGACUCCCCGGGUUUCCUGAAUGAGCGCCUGGGCCAGAUCGAGGGGAAGCUGCAGCGCGGCUCGCCCACAGACUUCGCCCACCUGAAGGGGAUCCUGCGGCGCCGCCAGCUCUACUGCCGCACCGGCUUCCACCUGGAGAUCUUCCCCAACGGCACGGUGCACGGCACCCGCCACGACCACAGCCGCUUCGGAAUUCUGGAAUUUAUCAGCCUGGCUGUGGGGCUGAUCAGCAUCCGGGGUGUGGACUCUGGCCUGUACCUAGGAAUGAAUGAGCGAGGAGAACUGUAUGGAUCGAAGAAACUCACACGUGAAUGUGUUUUCCGGGAACAGUUUGAAGAAAACUGGUACAACACCUAUGCCUCCACCUUGUACAAACACUCGGACUCGGAGAGACAGUAUUAUGUGGCCCUGAAUAAAGACGGCUCACCCCGGGAGGGAUACAGGACUAAACGACACCAGAAAUUCACUCACUUUUUGCCCAGGCCAGUAGAUCCUUCUAAGUUGCCCUCCAUGUCCAGAGACCUCUUCCGCUAUAGGUAAUGGACCUCUGGUGUGACCUCUGUGACCCAUGUAUUCCGUGGCCACGGCUGGCCCUGCAAGCACUAUAUGCAUAGCUUUUCGAUCCUUCCUUUCUAUCAAUUUAGAUAACUGAAAAGCACUUACUGUUCAACUUGAC